GAGAAUGCUGGUGAAAUAGAGCAUUUAACCUUGAUCCGUAGCAGUUUCGAUAGUAUAUAAGGUUUCACUGACACCGUUUCAGCAUCAGUUCUUCUUUGCGUCUCCAACAUGAAAUUUAUCGUCUUAGCUGCCCUCUACGCCGUGGCACUUGCUGCCCCGCAGUACAACUAUGCAGCCCCUAGCGACUCAUCCUCCUCAGAGGAGGAGGUCAGCGAGCGAGUGGUAGUCCAGAGAGACGACUCCGGGGAGCGCGUGGCCAUCCUCAGGGACGAAAGAGUCAUGGAGGAAGACGGAAGGUUCAACGUAGAAUUCGAAGCUGAAAACGGAAUCCACUUCGCCAAGGCCGGUUCCCCCGAAGCCGAGAACGGCGCCGUCAUUCAAGCUGGACAAUAUUCAUACACUGCUCCUGAUGGCACCGAAGUCCUUGUGAAGUUCGUAGCAAAUGAAAACGGAUACCAACCCCAAUCCGACCUCCUGCCGGUGGCUCCCGAAUUCCCCCACCCAAUCCCUCAGUUCGUCCUCGACCAGAUCGCCUUCGCUGCUCAGAAGACGCCCUUCGUGCUCGUGACGACUCACGGGAAGCACCAGCCACAGCCUAUGGCGCACCUCAGUAACAUGCUUCAGGAAAUAUUAUACCAAUUGUAUAUUGUCCAAUAUUUAUGUGUAAUUUAUCCAACUUCAAUAAAGGGCCUGCUGGAAGCGCUUCUCAUCCAGCAAGUAAAACCAACACUAAAUACGACGCAGGAAGAAUUUCUCCUCCCUACGAGUAUUAGAAGACUUGCCACCAACAAUGACACCACCGAUCACGACAACUCCGCGGAAGACAACGCCCCAGAAAGAGAUACUCCUGCAGCCAACAAAAAUCAAAUUAGCCGUGACGUCCCGCAGCGUAGCGAAACGCCCAUCAACGUAACCGAGCCGCUCAAGCCACCAAUGUAA